AGUCUGAGGGGUCGUUCGUUUGAGGGGAUUGUUGAGGAAUGUAUGGGGCUUGAAGGAGUGAAGCUAGAUCGGAAGAUAAGCAAGAGUGAUUGGAGUGUUGACUACCUCAGCAAAGAGCAGUUAGUUCAGGUGUCAGUAGAUGCUUAUGUUUCUUUCAAGCUCGGUGUUGAUGCUCGUCUAUGGCAAGUUUGAAGACAUGUAUCAAGAUGAAUACUAUGUCCUGAAUCUUUAGUCUUUACUCUUUUGUUAGAUUGUCGAAAAAGAAAAAUGUUAUCACUCGUUAAUUUCU